AUGGCCGACAAACUUGGCCACACUUACAUAGGGGACAGUAUCCUUAAGUCCAAACAUGAAUCUAGUACCAAUUUAGUCGGUAAAUUUACACAGAGCGUACGCCGGAUUGUUCAAGAUGUUAAAGACGAGGGCACUUCCAGCGGACAGACUAAAGAAGAGGUAAUAGAAACAAACGAAAGACUUCGCAUGGUAAGAGUUCGUCUCGAUGAGAACUACGACACGGCAAAGAAAGCUCUCGUCACCCUCAUGACGCGAUACAAUGAGUCCAAGGCUGAGAGGAAUGUGUUUACUCGGUACGCCCUACUUAAAGCAAUGAUCAAGGAUGUUAUCCGCCUCGAGACUCAAUACUGGUCCCUCGUCGAAAUUCCGAAGCAGGAGAAGGCAGAAACGGUACCAGCAUUCGUACUACGCGCGUGCGCAAUCAUGGAAAAGACACAGAAAUCUGGAGAGGGUGUCAAAACAUCUUCAAAACUCGCUGAAGAAGCAGCCGAUAGACGAGAGCGGAUAGAACGACUCAACGACAUGACGACAUCUCAGAUAGAGGCCGAAAAUACGCAGAUGACAAAUGAUUUAUAUCGUUUACUUAAGAAGUAUACAGGCCUGCGGAAUCUUAUCAGAGAACUUAAGUCGGAGUACGUCAGUUCGAAGAUAUAUCCGAUGUUCCCGAGGUACACGAUGCUGAAAGACAUGAUUAAGGACAUAAUGCACGACCCUGACUACAUGGAGGUAUGCCACGAGGUGGACCCUUAGCGUGGAGUGCGCAAAUAGAUGAGGGCCUCCUUCACCGACCGCUCGCGGUCGAGACGUCGCUAGCUGAGUUGUCCUCGGACUCUCUGAGGAUACAGGUUGAAAUUCCAUUGCCACUUUUGAGAUUACACGGAUAGCCCGUGUAGCGUAUGUUUGUCAGCUUUAUCGCGGAAAUUUUAAAUAUUUUUUAUCGUUCUUAAAUUAAAAUUUACGAAGUAUGCACAUAGCCCUAACACUAUGUUUGCCCGCUUUUAGUAUUCCGAGAACCUGUCUGAGCGUAAUAUC